CACCCAAUAACUGCGAUACAUAGGAGGCUGCUGCAGAGCCCUAUUCUUUCUUUCUUUCUUAUAACUUAAAAGAUAUUAUAUUAUUUAUAUCCUCUCGUCUUACCUUCCAGUCUUUCUCUGCCUUCGUCUUCGUCUUCGAGUGUGUCUGACUAGGGUUUACUCUCUCAUCUUCAUUCCUUACCCUUAACUAUGCGUGGAUUACACAAAUCGAAAAGAGUUUCAUGGGCCUCCGAUUUAGAUCUUUGUCAGAUUAGGUUAUUCUUAUCAGAGGAAUCUCCUUCUCAAGUUGGUUUAAAUUCUCAAGAUCACCUCCAAGCAAAGACAUCAUUGCUAUUACCUCCAGGAGGAACAAGUUCUGAUGACUUUCUACCUCCUGGAUUCGAGGGAACCCAAGCGUCGACCCAUUUUGAGGUUGAUCUGUCUCAAAUACCAGUGUCUAGGUGGACUACACCAUGCAAGAUUAUACUUAAUUUAGCGUGGCAAGUGGUGGCUGGGGAAGAAAGCAAGGAGGUAGAAGAUCAAUGUCAGAGGGAGAUGAGAGUACUUGAAGCAAUUUAUCCCCGCCCAUCCUCUAUUCCUCCAAACCCAUCUGUUUCAGCGGAUGUCGAGGCUUCCCAGUGCAUUGAUAGCCAAACUACCUUGAUACCAAUUACACCUAUGGAAGAUGAAGAUGCUGCAACUGAUUCUAUCUCACAAUCUAAUUCUUUUGAAUUACCUCCUGGCAUACCAAAUGGUCCAAACCCCCAUACAAGUGUGCAGUUAGCUCAUGGCUCAUUAUCUGAUGCAUUAACUAGUGUGAUGAAGAAUAAUGAACAUGGGAAUUUGAUUGAUCCUGAAUUAUUCAAUAAUAUUCUCAAAAACCCAGAAGUGAUUGAGAAACUGGUUAGAGAUUAUGGAGCCUCUAACAGUUUGCAGAGUGCAAAUAAUCCGGGGUCAUCUUCAGUGACAUUUUCACAUCCAUCUCUUCCUAGUCAUCAAGUAGAAGCCAGUGCACCAGCAUCAGUUACAUUUUCGUCUCCUAACUAUCCUUCUUCAGGUGGAAAUCAAGUAGGACCUGUUUCUACCCAAUGGCUUCCUAGGCCUCCGAUGAGUCAAGCUACAAUUUCUUCUGCCUCAGACGUCUCUCUACCAAAGGAUGUAAAUUAUUACAAGAGCUUAAUUCAACAACAUGGAGAAGAGAGACAAGAAACCCACCCUUACACUGCUAACCGUCAAAUCCAGAGACCGAUGGUGAACCAUGAGACACCACAACACAAUUCUAGAUCAAGGGAAACUAAAUCCAAGAUAAUGAAACCUUGUAUAUUCUUUAACAGUUCUAGAGGAUGUCGAAAUGGUGCUAAUUGUGCAUACCAACAUGAUGUAACAUUCCAAUCACGAGGUAGUGCCGUGCCUUCGGUACAAAGUUCAAAGAGAAUGAAAAUGGAUAGUGAGAUCAGCAGUUAGAUGAACUCGGUUAUCAUUUUGAUGGUGUUGGAUGCAUGUAAUGCAACUUUUACGGUCAUUUGAUAAGUGAUUGUGAGCCUUGUUUCUCACUAGUAUUAAAGUUAAUACAUACGUUAUUUUUUAAUGGAAGGUUCCUUUACAC